AUGUUUCGUAUCGAUGAAGAAGAUUUACACGAUACCGAGGAAACGACAGUUGAUCAAUUUCCUUCUGUUGUUGGACCACCUCCGGAGUACAACGAUUGUGAUCUCGGUAACACCACCAACAUUUGCUCAAGCAAACAAACCAGCGUCCAGACUGAACGUACUAAAUAUCAUCUAACGAAUCGUUCGGCGUCUUUACCGUCUCGUCAGUCAUCGUCUCCUCCGAGUAUAAACACUGAAGAAAACAUUAAACAACGUCGACGAUAUGCUAGUGAUUCCUGCAAUAACAAUAAACAUCUAACAGCUUCAAUCGUAACUUCAUUUCUUCAAUACUUACGAAGUGAAUUAAGAGCGACAACACACGAUCAAACAAAUGAUUACGAACGAAUUAAAACAAUGGAAUCAUCUGAUUUUCAUCAAUAUCGACCGCAAUCACUUUCAAUGGCAUUAGAUUCCUCAUCUCAAUUAGCAAAUGAUACUUCAUUGAAUCUCCUGCAUCACGACGAUGAGAACAAGGAAAUCUCAACGUUAAUCAAUCUGCUUAUUUUACGUGUUGAAUGUCUCGCAAAUACGACCACAUUGAUCGAAACAAACAAGAAACCGAACAUCUACCCGUCGAUCAAACAAAUUGAUCAAAAUCUCACGGAAUAUCUCUAUUAUCUUUUCAAUAAAUUUACAAAAGACGAUCCAGAAAUCGGCGCAUCAAUGAUUGAUAAAACAAAUUUUGUCAAUGUAUGUCAAACAUUAGUGCGUAAUGGUUGUUUUAAUAUGCCAUCAUCGACGUCACCUGAUCAAUCAUAUUCAGAAGCGACAUUAACAAAUAGUAAUGAACUAACAUUGAUUCAACCGGCAGUACGUGAGUAUAAGCCAGAUGCCGACGAGAUGACAUUAGACAAGUCGUCUAUUGAUGAAACAAUUUCAUUAAUACCAAUGAGUGAUCAAGAUACUUGGCUGGUAGUGGAUCUCGAACCAUUUAAACCACAAUAUUCAAUAGUUAAUCCUAAUGAAGCAAAAUGUUUAUUACCAACAUCAACGUCCGAUGAUCAAUUACUAUUGACAAAUGAAAAUUAUUUUUCGUUCGAAGAAAUCAAAUCGUCUUGUGGUUCGGAAUCGUCACAUAGUAAUUAUUUUUCGCCCAACUCGUCAUUAGUUGAUUUACAAACUAUGGUACAAGAAUUUGAUGAAAUAAAUAAUAACAAUCAUAAUAAUAAUAAUAAUAAUUCAUUAUUCAAUGAAGGUAAACACACUCAUGGAUCAACAUCAAUUGAACAUGUUUCAAACAAUACUAACGUCAUUAUAGGAGAAAAAGAUCAUCCAAGCAAUAAUGACAUUUGUACAGGAUUAACUAAUGAGCAAAGUACUAUUAAGAGCAAUGAACAAGUAGCAUCUUCGUCAUCAUCGCCAACGAUGGAGACAGCUGAGCAAAUGACAAUCAAUAUCAACGGGACAAAAUAUCGACGAGAUAAAAAAUUACAAGAACGGUGGACAAUAACCACAAAAAAUGAAACUCCUAAUCAGAAUCCGCCAGUAAACAAAGCAAAUUUAGGUGUUGAAUUUCCGCCCAUCGCGGUUUUACGACGGAAAUUCUCCACAUUACCGGCGCCAACUAUUUUAAAUCCGGUACCCAUCAAACGUAAAGAUAGUUCGACGAUAAAAUCUAAAGGACAUUCAUAUAACACUGAAGUAAAUAAUCCUUCAGAAGAUAAUAUUAACAAAGCAAAUACCUCAAAUCCUUCGAUAUCGUCAGAGAUUCAGGAGAUUCGGGCGACGCCAACGACACCGCCGAUAAUUCUGAUCGAAGAUGUACCGAAAUCUGAUCAACAGUCGAACGAUGCAGCAUCAUUAAUAAAUAAUCAGGAGACAAAACAUGAUACUGAUCAUUCCAUCGUCGUCGAUCAGACAAACAAUCCGAUAACUACUCUCGAAAUGAAGGAAGAAUUAAGUCCUUCGUCGUCUUCACAGCAUGGCAAAGAAUCAACUGACAUUAGUGGAAAUCAACAGAAAACGACUUCUUCUGACAUCGUCACGGAUUUAUUUGCUUUGAACUCAACAUUUUCCUCGUCAUCUUCUUCUUCAACAACAAACACAGAUGAGACAAAGACAAACGAGUUUUUAUUAAAAGAAACUGUAGUAGAAGAAGAAGAAGAAGAAAAAGAGAAAAAAGAAGAAGAAAAAGCAUAUUAUCACGGCGAUAACAUUGAUGUAAAAGAAAAGAACAACACUACCGUUGAACGCAAUUACCACGCGUCGGGAAUGUUAUUAAUAAACGACGAACCAACGCAAACACUCUUGUUAGGGCAAGAGAAAAAAGAACAACACUCGACACCGUCAUUAACCGCAGAAGCUUGUAAUCAGCAACGACCUCAAAAUGAUUGUUCGAUGGAGAUUUUAUCAAGCGAGUUAGACACAAUGAUAAAUGUUAAUGUCGAAGAUAAUGAACAACGUUAUAAAACAAUCGAAAUUGAAGAAAUACCUGACGAAGAAGAAGAACAAGAAGUGCUCUUAGCACAGAACAAUCUGUUGAUUGAACCAAUUGAUUACAUUGUAACUGAUGACGAACCGAGAAAAUCAGCACAAAACAAGAUUAAACCAACAGUAGUAGGACGCGAUAAUCCAUUGGAAUUCGAUCCCGUCAUUUCUUGUUAUGAGAAAGUUCUCUCGAAAGUUGCUGAAACAAUGGGCGAUUCGACAAAUACCACAUUGUCGGACUCGUCUGUAUCAGCUCCAACAGAUCGCAAUCGACGUGCGGAAGAAGAUCCGAUUGCACUACGUGCAUUACAACGUUUUGAACAACGCAUGAGUGCUGCUGUUGCAGCGAAGACAACCAGUGAAGAAAUCGGUUCUACAUCUACCCGGAGUAAAUCUUCCUGGUCAGGUACAUCUACAACCCCUCGAAAGUCAGUGGAAAACUUGUUUAAAAACAAUCCACAACUUCCUCCGACUUCCGUGCCAUCGAAUGAAGACGAUUCACCAACAAAAACGUCACCUCGCCAACGCGAUACAUUCAUUCGUCCACGAAAGUCAAUGUUAGACGAUGUUGGACUUAGUUUCAAUAGAACGAUGAAUAUCAUCAAUGCACCUACAGUCGAUUCGUCUAAGGAUAAUCAUGGUCAAUGUGAAGAGCAACAACAGCCGAUGGAUAUAUCAGAAGAUGCCAAUGAUCGAGGUAAGUGUAUGCAACAAACAGCUGGUUAUAAAGGCUCUUAA